AUGAGCUCAGCGGCAGUGAAGAUUGCCGUCGUCGGCGUCGGCCUCAUCAGCCCCAGGCACGUGCAGACGGUGGUCGACAGCCCGGACGCCCAGAUUGUCGCCAUAGUCGACCCGGCGCCGGCUGGUGCGACGCUGGCGGAGAAGCACGGCGUCUCGCAUCAUCCGUCUGUGGCGGCCCUCGUCGACUCGGCCGACCGACCUGACGCGGCCAUCAUCUGCAGGCCCAACCACACCCACGCACCGUUGGCGAGGGAGCUGUCCUCGGCGGGCGUCCGUGUGCUCAUAGAGAAGCCCUUCAGCACUGACGUGCCCGGCGGCGAGAGGCUGAUCGAGCAUCUCGGGAAGACGGGGGUACGAGCCCUGGUCGGCCAUCACCGCCGUUUCAACCCGUGCAUCGUGGCCACCAAGGACGUCAUCGAUUCGGGGAGGCUGGGUCAUGUCGUGGCCGUCAACGGCAUCUGGGCCCUCCAGAAGCCCCCCCCCCCCGAGUACUUUGACGGCCCUGGCGAGUGGCGCCGUGAGUCGGCGGGAGGCGUCGUCCUCAUCAACAUGAUCCACGAGAUCGACCUGCUGCAUCACCUUUUGGGCCCCAUCACGAGGGUCCAUGCGGAGAAGACGGCCUCGCGCCGCGGCUUCCCGGCCAAGGAGGGUGCCGCUCUCACCCUGCGAUUCCGAUCUGGCGCCGUCGGCACCUUCAUCCUCUCGGACAACAUGCCCUCGCCGCAUAACUUUGAGUCGGGGACGGGCGAGAACCCCCUCGUCCCGCGCACAGGUCAGGACUUCUACCGCAUCUUCGGCACACAGGCUUCGCUUAGCGCGCCCGACAUGUCUGUCUGGUCUUACGCCGACGCCGCAGAGGCCUGGGGAUCGGACAUGGUGCGAGGGACGGCCGAGGUGGAACCCGCCACGCCAUUCGAUCUGCAGCUCCGCGCACUUCUGCAGGGUCGUCGGCGGUCAUGA